CCGGGCGCACGCCGAGGAGAGGGCGUGGGCCGGGCGAUCGCUAGCCGGUCUGCACGCCCUGAGAGGGAGCCCGCGUGGACCGGGCUGGGCGGGGAGGUCCAGGCUCGUGGGGACACUUUUUGAGCCCCUAGUGGAUCCCGAUCUAGUGGCUGAGUGCACUGGUAACAGAUAGGUGCCUACGUAAUGUCGCUUGUGCUGCAGGGACGCCCGACCCGAAGUAAAUGCUCCUUGCAGAUGGUUUUGGUUUCUGGGAAGAAAGGGAGCUUGACAAGGUGAAGCCCAGGUGGACGCGUCAGGGAGUUAGAAGUGGUGAUGGGUCUCCCAACCUCAGCACUCUUGACGCUGGGGUUUGGAUACUACUCUGUGUGGGGGCCGGCCUGCAUAUAUGGGAUAUAUGAGGUGUUUACCAGCAUCCCUGGCCUUUACCACCCACUAGAGGCAGAGUAGCACCCCCAGGCGUGACCUCUGAAGGUGUCUCCAGACACAGGUUCCUGGGGCUGGUUGCUCUACUGCAGAGGGUACUAUGGAAGCCUCAGACCAUGAAACGGCUCUCAGUGGAGAAAGUGACAGAUGCUGGCCGGAGGGAAAGGACCCUGCUGAGCGAGGACAGCGGGGUCCAGGAUGGAUCCAGAGGUCUCUGCCACCCGGCUCACCGUCCAGGACGCUGUUCACAUGCUUUCAUCUUCUGAGGAUGGGGACUGCAUCUUCUCCACGCUGGGGUCCCUGAAGCGGUAUCUUGGUGAAACGGAGAACCCAGCCCUCCCUGAGGAGCAGGAGGAGUUUGUCAGGAUCCACUUUUCCACUUUUCUCAGAUGUUUGGUUGGCAAGCUGAGCCCUGACUGGCUGGAGCUGCUGCCUGACGGCCAGUUGGAGGAGCUGUGGGCCAGCUUCUUCCUGGAGGGCCCUGCUGACCAAGCCUUCCUGGUGCUGAUGGAAUCCAUUGAGGGUGCUGCCAGCCCCAGCUUCCGUCUGAUGAAGAUGGCGCAGCUGCUGGCCAGGUUCCUGAGUGCAGGCAGGAUGGCUGCUGUAAUGGAGGGGCAGUGUCGGCAGCAGCGGGGGCCGGCCUUCCCCCUGCUCCAGGAGACGCUUCUCACCAAGGUGGUGGGCCUGCCUGAUCGCCUGGGCAACCGUCUGCAGCAGGAGAACCUGGCCGCGUUCUUCCCUCAGAACUACUUCCCUCUGCUAGGCGAGGAGGUCCUGCGGGUGCUGCAGGUGGUUGUGGACUCUCUCCGAGGUGGCCUGGACUGCUCCGUCUCCUUCCUGUCUCAGGUCCUGGGGAAAGCCUGCGUCCACGGGAGACAGAAGGAGGUCCUGGGGGUGCUGGUGCCCCGGCUGACAGCGCUCACCCAAGGCAACUGCCUCUGGCAGCGGGUCUGCUGGCGUCUGGUGGAGCAUGUGCCUGACCGGGCCUUGGAGGCCGUGCUGAAGGGGCUUGUGGAGGCCACCCCUGGGCCCGACGUCCUCUCACGGCUAUUGGGCAACCUGGUGACAAAGAGUAAGAAGGCCCAGUUUGUGAUGACCCGGAAGCUGCUGUUCCUGCAGUAUAGCUGCACGACGCCCAUGCUGCAGAGCCUGCUGGGCUACCUGGCCAUGGACAGCCAGCGGCGCCCGCUCCUCGUGCAGGUGCUGAAGGAGCUCCUGGAGGUGUGGGGCAGCAGCAGCGCCAUCCGCCACGCGCCCCUGGUGCAGCAGUGCUACAUCAGCAAAGCUGUCCUCGUCUGCCUGGUGCACCUGGGGGAGGCGGAGCUCCGGGGCAGCCGGGACGAGUUGCUGGCCAGCCUGAUGGAGGGAGUGAAGAGCCGCCUGGACAGCAGCCUACCCGCCGUGCGCCGCUUGGGCAUGAUCGUGGCCGAGGUGGCCAGCGCCCGGAUCCACCCCGAGGGGCCUCCCCUCAAGUUCCAGUACGAAGAGGACGAACUGACCCGCGAGAUGCUGGCCUUGGCCACGCCCCGGCCCACAGCUGAUGGCCCCUCGGAGGCAGGCCCAUCUGUUGCUGUAGUCAGUGGAGAGACUCCUGACAGAGAGACCGUGGAUGGCAGUGGCCCCCAGGCUGGGCCUGAGGGCAUCGACUCCGAGCUAGACAGCGAUGACGAGUUUGUCCCCUACGACAUGUCGGGGGACGGGGAGUGGAGGAGCAGCAAGGCGCCGGCCUAUGUGCGGGACUGCGUGGAAGCUCUGACCACGUCCGAGGACUGGGAGCGCUGGGAGGCAGCCCUGCGGGCCCUUGAGGGGCUGGUCUUCAGGAGCCCUGCUGCCACUCGGGAGGUGAGCGUGGAGCUGGCCAAGGUGCUGCUGCACCUGGAGGAGAAGACAGCUGUGACGGGGUUCGAGGGGCUGCGCCAGAGGGCCCUGGUAGCUGUCACAGUCACAGACCCAGCGAGGGUGGCGGAGUACCUGACCACACAGUUCUAUGCCCUCAACUACAGCCUCCGGCAGCGCAUGGACAUCUUGGACGUCCUGACUCUGGCUGCCCAGGAGCUGUCUCGGCCUAAGCGCCUCGGGAAGGCUCCCCAGCGGGCCUCCCCGGAGCCUGGCUCCCAGCCCUGCGGCGUCAUGGCCCCGGCCUGGCGGGCAGUGGUGGAGGAGCGCAUCAGACGCCAGACCCGGAGGUUCUCCAAGGGCUCUGUGGGGCAGGCACCAGCCGCCAGCACCAACGAAUUCAACUCGGUGGCUGGCUACUUCUUCUUCCCCCUCCUUCAACAUUUCGACAGGCCUCUGGUGACCUUCGACCUUUUGGGAGAUGACCAGUUGGUUCUUGGGAGACUUGCCCACACCUUAGGGGCCCUUAUGUACCUGGCUGUGAACACGACGGUGGCUAUGCCCAUGGGCAAGGCCCUACUGGAGUUCGUGUGGGCCCUUCGUUUCCAUGGUGACACCUACGUGCGCCGGGGCUUGCUGUCCGCCGUCUCUGCCGUCCUCCUCAGUGUUCCGGCCGAGCGGCUGCUGGCGGACCUGCCAGAUGAGCUGCUGGAGGCCCGCUCCUGGCUGGCAGACGUGACUGAGAAGGACCCGGACGAGGACUGUAGGCUGCUGGCGGUGAAGGCGCUGCUGCUUCUGGAGAAGCUCCGAGACAAGCUCCUCCCGCUUGCCUCUCCUUAGCCCCCAACCUGGGAGGCGCAUCCCGCUGGAAGAGUGCAGGCUGCGGGCCAGCACGUGGGGUGGUGGUGCAGCUGUUACAGCUCGGCGUGCCUGCGGCUCAGUUCAGACCCUGUGCCUGGGCCUUGGCUCUGCCCCCCACGGACUGGGACUAGGAUGUGGCCUCUGGGACUCGGUCUCCAGGAUGGCCACUGGGCAAGGAGCAGGGACUGCGGCUCAGUCCAGUGUCUCCGUGCAGCCUGUGGGCGGACCCAAGGCUAGGGCCGCCGGGCCCGGGGCUUCUUAGCAACGUGCCCCCAGUCCUUUCUCACCUAAAGGAUGGGGACUUUGAGAACAACAGAACAGGAAGAAUAAAAGAGGUGCAGGAGCUCUUUGUGGUUCUCACUCCUGCAGGGAGCUUGGUGCCCAGAGAGGCCCCCUAAAAGGGAGACACGAAAAUGGGGGCAGAAAGGGGACAUGGGCCUCUGAGAAAAUAGACUUUAUUUGGAGAAUUUCGGCAGCCCGUGGGUGGAGCCUGGGGUGGGAGAGUGUAGGCUCCCCCCACCCUCAUCAUGGUGCUGCCCCUGAUGGCCCCUCGCAGUGGGAGCUGGUGACAAAGGGCAUGGCUUAGAUGGACAGAGCCUCCAGCUGCAGCCUGGCGCUGACUGCCGUCAUCUUGUGUCCUGUGGGAACCAGUCAGAUGCACUGCUGGGCAACCCGUGUGGGUGGCUGGGGGGGCAGGAAUAUGGUGACAUCCUCCGUUUCUUAGGCUUUGCGCCCGUACCUGGGGGAACGUCACGGGAGAGAUGAACCAAUUCCCUUGACUGCAAAGGGGCUGAAACAAAACCCUGCAGGGGCCAGGGACCUGGAAGGGGGGUGGCUUAGAGACACGGCCCCACACGCCCCAAGGAGACCAGCGUGUCUUCCCGCAGCUUGGCCAGUGGACUCAGGCACGAAACUUUAAACCAGCACGCCAGCGCCUGCCACUGGCGAUGGCCGGCAGAUCCCAGAAGAGCUUGGGCAGCAGCAGGCCCUCAGGGGCCAUCCUCCACUUCCUCCAUCACCUCUUCAUCCAUCUCCUUGCGGUCCUCCAUGCUGUCGCGGUGCGUCCGCUCAGGCACGAUGCGUGUCGGCGGGAUGCCCAGGCCCUGGUGCACAGCGUCCACGGUGCGCUGGCUCACGUAGUAGGACAUGUUGGCAGAGGGCAGUCUCCUCCUCAUCUCCUCCAGGUACUUGUAGGCCUGGGGCACACAGAACAGCCGUAACUGGUCAGCGCACCAUGGGAACAAGGGGCCCACCGUGGAGGCAGAGUGGGCAGGGGAGGGACGCCUUUGGUAAAGGGGCUCAGGUGGCCUCCCGGACUUCCCAAGCUUUGGCGGCAUCUGUGGGCAGCGUGGCUCAGGCCCUGGAGGUCGGUGCUGUGAGCUCCCCCGGGGGGUCCUGUGGGUAGCCCAUUACCGGGACCCUGUGUGUCUGGGGAUCACGCUGCCUGGAGAGCCCGCGCCCAGCCCCCCAGAUUUACACGGGGAGACCCUGAGGGAAGGAUGGAUUCACGUCUCCCGUCUGUUUCGCUCACUCUGGGGUGUGUGCUUGUCAGGCCGGAGGGCUGGCAGCAACAGAAAAACAGUUUGUCUUGUGUAUCUUGACCAGGCACCCAAUUUACCCCAGUUAAUGUGGCCUGAGGUAGGAAGUCGUGUGUGUGUGUGUGUGUGUGUCUGUGUGUGUGUGUGUGUGUGUGUGUGUGUGUGUGGUGUGUGUGUUCCUUGGCCCGGGGCUGGUGAACUAUGGGAUUGUCAGUGGUUUUCCUGUAGGACUUCCUCUGGUCCUACCAGUGGGAAUGCAGGGCCUGGGGGCUGCACAGCAGCUCGGGGCUGGGUCUGAGGCAGGACGGGCGUGCUUACACCUGCUCUACCUGCCUGCACUCCCCGCCCCCCCACCUGCUUAAACCUGCUCCACCUGCUCACCCACAGGGAGGGUCACACACAAGCACGAGGGGCUGGAACAGGGCCUCACGUGGCUUCUACAGGUACACUGAGUAUCAAUUCAGAAUGUGAACAAGAUUUCCAGGAGCUUUUUGACUUUAUGAGGAAAUAAUGAUCCCAUCUGAGCAUCUCUUACAGAUGAUACAAUUUUAGAAUGAUCUUAUUACAGACAGAUAUAAUUGAUAUAAACAAUAAAAAUCAUAAAGAUAA